AGAGGGGUGGAGAGGAAAGGAUUGGAGAAGGCGGAGGAAGCGCCUUAUCAGCCGCCAUCUUGAGAAGGCAGUCUCGAGUGGGCUGCGUCCUCGCAGCGAAAUGUGGAAAAGUAUGACAGGCUCUUACCCACGCCCGGAACUAUCCUGCUGUUUAGGGAGCAAUGAUAUGACCAGGGCGGGGCGGGUUAGAAAGCAGGGAGUCCACCUUAGAGACUGAGGCUGCGAUCACACUUACCUGGGAAUAAGACCCAUUUAACCCAAUGACGCUUACGUAUGAGUAGACAUGGAUUGCGGCCAACCUCUUUUAUAAUAGCAUAAGGUUUCGAGGACUCGAGGUUCUACAGACGCUUAGCGAUUGGGUGCUUUGCCGAAAGACGCGUUGAACUUUCUUGGCUGCGAAUGGUCCACUUAAACAUCAAUCGAACCACAUUAAACUGUGCUCAAAGCUCAGGAAGCGCUGCGUGGUUGAAUGUACCAGGAGCGUCUCUCCGUUUGGAGAAAAGGCUUCCCAUGUGCGAACCGGUAUACAAAUUAAGUGUGAGGGAAUACAGGUUUGCAGGAGAGCAAAAGGAGGAAGAGAGAGAUCAGCUGAAACAAGAACUGGUGGUAGUUAUUCCUGAGGUCCUUGAUCCCCAAUAUGGCAUGUAUGUUUGGCCCUGUGCGGUGGUUCUGGCCCAGUAUGUCUGGUUUCAUAGAAGACUAGUCUGCGGCAAGAGAAUUUUGGAGAUUGGAGCAGGUGUAAGUCUUCCUGGGAUAGUUGCAGCAAAAUGUGGAGCAGAACUAAUACUGUCAGAUAAUGCCGAGUCCCCUCAGUGUUUGAAGAACUGUCGAAGAAGCUGCCAGAUGAAUAACCUCUCAAGCGUGCAUGUUACAGGACUCACCUGGGGUCAUAUCUCACCCAGUCUGUUGGCCUUGCCUCCAGUGGACGUUAUUUUGGGAUCUGAUGUAUUUUUUGAACCAGAAGAUUUUGAAGAUGUUUUAAGUACAGUGCAUUAUUUAAUGGAGAAGAGUCCCCAUGCUCAGUUCUGGACUACUUAUCAAAUUAGAAGUGCUGACUGGACUAUUGAAGGAUUGCUUCACAAGUGGGAGAUGGAAAGCAUCUGUGUACCCUUACAAUCAUUUGAGGCGAACAAAGAACAAUUGGCAGACUCCUCUCUGCCAGGCAGACACACUAUUGAAAUGAUGAUCAUUACUACAAAAAAGCAAUCAACUCAAAUCUUCUAACUGUUUUGAGAAAAGAUAUGCUUUAAUGUGUUUUACAAUAAAAGUUUUUACCUCUAACAUGUUUUGUUUUGAUAUACAAGCAAGUUGUAUAAUUAGCCAGUCUAGAUUCAACAGAUGUUGAACAUAGUCCUGUAGCACCAAGGUGGUUUCUCUUAAAUUCCAAGGGUAUUUGUCUUCCCCAGAUAGUAAACAGCUGAACAGCAAUUGCCCCCAGCAUAGUUGUCCAUGCACAUAGCAUGUUUAUUAUUGUUUUAAUGCAGUCAUUCCCACAUUGACUGUAUAUAUCCACUACUGCGCAAGUCACCUCUCCCCAUGACUUUGGUAAUUUCCCCUUCUGUAUCUAUCUGUACCAUAGAGGUGUAUGUUCCUUUUAUCCUGAAAAUAUUCUGGAAACAACUCA